CUGCGUGCUUUAGGUGUCCGUGUCCCCGUGCAAUAUGACGUUUUGACAUUCGCCGUCGGCGGGGGGCUGUCGCUAUCAAUCCAAACACUUAAUUCAUUCAUGUAUUCAACUUAAAUACGUGAUCUUUUUGCUUAAGAUCUGUCAAAAUCUUUAGUGAUCCGGAAUCCAAGCCGAAAGUGCACAUUCGCUCGUCGCCCGUAGCCGUGUCCGCACGUUUAUAUUUAGCUCUGGCCCGUGCACUCUCUUCUGCCGAAGUGUUCGAGGAGCAGUUCGACGGCUCGCGUGAAAUUUCCCACUGAAAAUUGUAUGUUGUGUCGAUCGUCGCGUUUUCGAGUCAAUCGCGAAACGUCUUGGUCGGUUUAGUGUUUUCCAGCGCGCCCAAGCCAAUAAUCCUCACGAAUUUUUCAGUCAUUUGUAAUGUGUGGUGUUGUGUUGUGUGGCGGAACGUGUUCAUCUGGCUCCAGCUGCUCCGUUAUCUCAGGGAGGGAAUUGGAGCUUUGAGUUUCCAGAAAGUGAAAUCUGUUACAGAAGGUUACAUAAGACUGGACUCCGUUGCACCCUCGAAAUAGGUUAAUACAGCCAACGAAAAACAGCAAGGCGAUUGAACGAGCCUUACCCAAUGAAAAAUAACGCCAACCAGUUCAUCUCAUAGGACUAUUACUGAAUAAAGUUUAACAUAAUGAUACGCCGAUUAUUUCGUGUGCACGGCGAAUUUUGCGCCUCGCAUCCAUGGGAAGUAAUUGUUGCUCUCUUGACAAUCACCGCAUGCAUGUUAACCAUUGACAAGAGCACAGAAGGAAAUUCAUCAUCAUCAGCAACAUAUUCGUCUUCUCGUCAAAGACCUUGUCAUGGAUGGAAAGAUUCAUGUGAUGGCUUGGAAGCGGAAUACAAUGCAGCUGAUGUGAUACUUAUGACUAUUGUUCGGUGUUCAGCGGUGCUCUAUUGUUACUAUCAGUUUGGUAGUUUACAUAAGCUCGGUUCAAAAUAUAUUCUAGGUAUUGCCGGACUGUUUACCGUGUUUUCAAGUUUUAUAUUCACAACAACUAUAAUAAAGUUUUUAGGCAGUGAUGUGUCUGAUUUAAAAGAUGCCUUAUUUUUCCUGUUGCUGUUGAUAGAUCUUUCAAAUUCGGGAAUCCUUGCACAGCUAGCCCUAAGUGGUUCGAAUCAAGCGGAAGUUACAAGGAAUAUUGCUCGUGGAAUGGAGUUACUGGGACCAGCCAUUUCCCUGGACACAAUUGUAGAAACUUUGGUCAUUGGCGUGGGAACCCUUUCAGGUGUUCCUCGCCUGGAAGUUCUUUGUACAUUCGCCGUUAUGUCAGUACUAGUCAACUACAUAGUUUUCAUGACUUUCUAUCCCGCCUGUCUCUCUUUGAUACUCGAUCUCUCUCGAAAUGGAAUGGAUAUGUCCCUGGUCAAAACAAAAGCGAAAGACUCGCUUCUCAUGAAAUCUCUAAACGAUGACGAACCGAAAACAAAUCCAGUGGUGCAGAGGGUUAAAGUUAUCAUGUCCACAGGUUUGAUGAUAGUGCACGUAUACAGCAGAAUCUUUAUAUCUGGUAAAGAAUACGACAACGCUUCCACCUCGAUCACAACAAUCAUGCAAGAAAAUACCACCAGCGUGAAUGCAGAGUCAAGCGAGCUCUCUAAAUAUCUUAUAAAAUGGCUCACGAUGAGUGCAGAUCAAGUCGUUAUUCUGAUCCUUUUGGUGGCACUCGUUGUGAAAUUUAUCUUCUUCGAAAAUCAUAAUGAGUUGCACGAUCAAAUACGACUAAGUGUUGAAGAAACUUUGACUAACAAAAAAUCAUGUGACGCGCCCGAGCUUCCUUGCAAAAAAGAGUUCGAGUUGGCCAAAAGACCUCUGUUCACAAUUGAAGAAAGUACAGUAGCAGAUCGGGCAACACAAACGGAUAGAAUAGAACAAAGCGAAAUUCCGACAAUCACAUGCAGCUAUGAACCCAAGGAGAUUCCGGCUGAACCUAGAGAAUUAUCCGAAUGUCUACGAAUACUGAAUUCAGACGAAGGAGCCGCCGAAUUGAGUGAUGAGGAAAUAAGUAUGAUUGUUAAGGCCGGAGGAGGACACUGUCCGUUAUACAAAAUAGAGUCUGUUAUUGGAAAUCCAGAACGUGGCGUUCGGAUCAGACGGAAGAUUAUCAGUCGUGAAGCAAACUUGCCAUAUGAAAAACUAGAACUUCUUCCGUACCAGAAUUACGACUACACCAAGGUGAUGAACGCCUGUUGCGAGAAUGUCCUUGGUUACGUACAAAUCCCGGUGGGUUAUGCAGGGCCAGUUUUGUUAGAUGGUAGUCGAUACUUUAUCCCAAUGGCAACCACGGAAGGUGCAUUAGUCGCGAGUACGAAUCGAGGGUGUAAAGCACUGUCAGUUCGUGGCGUCACUAGCUACGUGGAGGACAUUGGCAUGACCCGUGCACCUUGUGUUAAGCUACCAAAUGUAAGAAGAGCCGCUGAGGUGAAAAACUGGAUUAACACUGAAGAAAAUUAUCGCAAUAUUAAAAUAGAGUUUGACUCCACAAGCCGUUUUGGUCGAUUGAAGGAAUUGAUGAUAGCAAUGGAUGGUCCUGUAUUAUAUAUACGUUUCGUAGCUUUAACGGGCGAUGCAAUGGGUAUGAACAUGGUUUCGAAAGGUGCUGAAAUGGCAUUGAGGUAUAUUAAACGUGAAUUUCCGGAUAUGAAAAUCAUAUCCUUGAGUGGAAAUUAUUGUUCGGAUAAGAAACCAGCAGCCAUCAACUGGAUUAAAGGGAGAGGAAAACGUGUUGUGACUGAAUGCGUUGUGCCAUCCAAUACCCUUAGAGAUAUAUUGAAGACAGAUGCGAAAACAUUGGUCGAGUGCAAUAAAACCAAAAAUAUGUCUGGAAGUGCAAUGGCUGGAAGUAUAGGAGGUAAUAACGCGCACGCAGCGAACAUGGUGACCGCAAUAUUUAUCGCAACAGGUCAAGAUCCCGCGCAGAAUGUGACUUCAAGCAAUUGCUCCACGGCAAUGGAGUGUCGCGGUGAUGAUUUAUAUAUAACCUGCACCAUGCCAUCACUAGAAGUAGGAACAGUGGGUGGUGGAACUGGCUUACCCGGACAGAGCGCAUGCUUAGAGAUGUUAGGUGUGCGGGGAGCGCAUCGGACCAAUCCCGGUGAGAAUGCAAAGAAACUAUCGUCGAUAAUCUGCACUGCAGUCAUGGCUGGUGAAAUAAGUCUUAUGGCCGCCUUAGUCAAUAGUGAUUUAGUUAAGAGUCACAUGCGUCAUAACAGAUCAUCGGCAGCUGUGAAUUCAUCUCCUUCAUAUUCUUCGUUCCCCUCAUCUUGAGAAACAUUUUACGCAUCAUCAUUUUAGAAUUAUUAUCAUAAUUGGUUAUUGGUUCUGAUGUUUUCGAAGCAAAAGCAUUGAGUUAAUCCUGAUCUAAAACUAGCAAGUUCAUUAUUAUACAAAUAUUUAUAUAUUCCAUAUUCUACUCGCAAAACAAUAAAUUUAACAUUCGAUAAAUAUCAUGAAAGCAUUUGUACUUUGAAAAUGUUAUUCUCAUGUUUUGGCUUCUGGCCAUUUACGACCAGGUUAGUGAAUAAAUCGAACUCUCUAGAAAUUCUACAUAAAGCUGUCUCGCUGCAUCAAUGUCAAUCACCUCGAUUGGGGCUUUUAUCAUCUCUGUAAUGAGGCUCGUGUUUCUCUGCAAUCACCAAGAAUGAGUGCAAUAGAUUCAAAUACAAAUGAAACGAUCUCCGCAACAACAUCGAUAGAUGACGUUAGAAGGUCGCAUCUCAAUAUUCAAAAAGUAUUUCAUUUACAAACUAAGCAGAUAACACCAGUGACGAAAAUAGUUCUAAAGUUUCCUUUAAUGUAAUAACAAAACUAACUUGUUAACAAUAGGUUUAGGAAAGCGAGAGAAGUAUUGUUAGUUAAUUUUUGUUGUUGGUACGAUGACAGAUUAUUUUUUUUCUAUUGUCGACGAUGAAAGGGUUUCUGAGAAGCCCUUUAAUAAGUUUUUAUUGUAUUUUGUCUAGUGUUAACAAAUUGAAUAGGAGCUGACAAGAGUUAGAGACUUAGAAAUUUAGUUUCACAAAGGUGGAGAAUCAAUAAAUUAUAAUGUUGAAUAAA